AUGCCAAAGGGUUGGCACUUCCAGAAAACACAAAAUUCGGCAAGGUCGUUGACUAUCUAAAACAAUUUUUUCUUAAUGGUAACCUAACCCCCCAGGACAAGCUUACAGCCAAAGAAAUGUAUGAGGAGUUGUUGGAGCUCGCACAUUCUGGAGAAAUCGAUGAGGACCAUGUGCCCAAAGUUACCACCAUCCAAAACUGGAUUGGACGAUAUUCGAGGGAAUUUAACCAACAAGGGACUGUCAUCGCGCUUGAAACUUUUAAAGCAACGGGUUCUUCAUCAAUUGGCGAAGAUUAG